AUGAGUUAAAUUAGAAAUCUUCAGAUAUAUUGUUCUUGUGGGAAAAAGAAUCUUUUUCAAUAGGUUUGCCUAAAUAAAUCAUGUAGAGCUACCAAUAGAGUUUAUUGUCUUAAAUGUGAUAAAAGAAAUGAACAUUUUACUUGUCAAUAUAAUGUAAAAGAUGAAGAAGGAUUAAUUCAAUUUUUUGAAGAUAUUGGAAAAAAAAUGGAGAUUUAUAUACUCAAUUUAUAAGAAAGUUUAAGAAAAAUAGUCGAAGGAUUUAAUGAAUUAACUAAAACCCUAAGAAAUAAAUGUUAAUACAAUAAAUAAAGACUUUAAGAAUUAAAUGAACAGGAUUUGAAGAAUAUAAUAGAUCAAAUCUUUUAAUUUUAAGAUGAAUUUGAGAAAGGCUUAGAAGAAGAGAUGUAAAAUUGUUCAAAAAAUAUGCUCAUUAAAUUAAAUAAUUGGAUUGAUGAAUUAAGAACAAAAAGUAAAAACUUAGGAGAAGAUAUAAUUAUUCAGAGGAAUACACUAUAUAGAGAUAAAUUAUAGGAAUAGAAAAUAUAGAGAGCUCGAACAUUGAAAUAGAAAAUAUAGAGAGCUCAAAAAUUGAAAGAGGAAAUAGAGAAAUAAAAAAGAAUUAUCAAUGAAAAAACAUAGUAAUUAUUUUUUAAAUAAGCAACCUAUUAAGAUCAAGAAAAUCAAAUAGAUGAUAGAUAUAUUGAGUACCAUCCAAGUCAUGACCCAAAUCUUAAAAGAAACAGAAUAAAAAAAGAAAAAGAAGCAUAACUUGGUCGUCCUAUUAUGGAGAUCUUAAUUGAGUUUAUACCUGACCCCACAAUAUUCAACAGAGAUCCAAACAUAACCACUAUUCAAAAUAAGUUUAAGAUCUUUAGCAUAGAACUUAACUAAAAAGCCUUUGAAAAAAAUAUUAUAACAAUAGAAAAAAUAUAGAUUCCGAAUGAUUAUACUGUAAAACAUCAAUAUUACUGGACUUGUAUAAGAACUUUGAAACCAAUCGUUUUCAGUUAAUUGAAAGAUGUUUACUUGAUGAAAAGAGCAGAUAGCUUUUAGGAUGAGGUCUAUAUUCUUAAAAUGCCUAUAGGGUAUUUAUUUUUUCUAUUCAAAGAGGAUAACCCUACAAAUCAAUGAAUGAAGCCAUGAAAGAUUGUAGAUCCCAUCUAAUUUCGAAAAGAUAUAUGCAGAAAUUUAUUGAGGAAUUAAAUGAUAAAGGUUGCAAUACUCCUCCUAUUAAAUAUUAAGAUCUCUUAAUUCUUUAAGAAGAUGAAAGUAAAUUUAUCAGUAAAUCAUUUAGAGAGCUUUUUUAUUGCAGAGAGAUUUUUUGAAGGGGAAUUCAUAGAGUUUAAUAAUAAAUAUGGAUAUAUAAACGACAACACAGAAAAAAUAAAUGCUUUGUCUUAAGUCUUUACUUACUACACAUACUUUAAGAGUGAUUUUAAUUAUUUGAUUUGUAAUGUGUAAGGAGUUGGUUAUAAUUUUACAGAUCCAUCAAUCAAUACCAUAGGAGGAGAUUUUGAUGAUAAUGAUUUUGGAGCGGAAGGUUAGAUGGGAUUUCUAAUAAAUUAUGAAUAUUAUAAAGACAAAUUUAAGGAAUAUUUGAAAAUUCUAGAUAUAUACGAAUGA